CACGACUAUGCCACUGCGCCAAUGAGAACAUGGACGAUCCGUAGAGCGCAGUCGAUUGCCUGGACCAAGGCUCUGCGAUGGACAACGCGACUCGCUGUGCGGCGAGCGCUGCAUGUGGCGAACCCAUCCAAGCUCGAUGAGCCGUUAGGGGAAGCUUCGCCACAACAACUACUGGAGCCUCUGGGGAGGCGAUAUCAAUUAUUUCGAACAAUCGAGCCUCCAGGACGUGAUGUCACCUUAUGGAUGCCUCUGCUUGAAGGCGCACUGCCGCCGCAUCUUCGUGAUCCCAAUGUCACUCCACCAGACAUUACCCUUGGCGCUGUGGACGUCGCCCAGGUUCUGCUCGGCGCGCAAUACCCGAUGAAUGCGGACGAUAAACCCCUUGAUCUCCUCUACCAUCUUGGCAUUGAACAAAAUCGAUGGACUGCUGUCGUUUGGCUGAUCAAGAAGCUGGUUGACAGGUUCCCAGCUGCACACGCUGUCGAAUCGCGCCUUGCAGGAGUGGGAAGUAUAUGGCAGAAAGUGCCAAAUCUUGACGACGUCGACCGUCCGCUGGAUCUCGGGGCACCAGACGCCCUCGUAAACGAGGAUGCACUGCGGUCUCCAUCGUUGGACGAUAUGCUCGAUGGCCUACAUCCGAUAAACCAGGAUCGAAACAAUUUGCUGGGCCACGAGGUACUGGGACAAGUGUGGCGCACACUGGGCGCGAUGAUCAAAGCGUGUGUAGGAAACGACAUGAGACCGGAGGUGCUGGAGAUCAUCGCCUACCUGCAUCAUCGGGAGGUUAUGCCGCUGGCCAUCUACCAGGCAGAGCCGAAUCCUGAUAGGUGCGCAAUUCAACAGCCGCCUCUCAUCCCAUUCCUGUCAUCACGGAUCCUAACAUCUCUAUCCGAUGCCGCUUGGCGCGCUCAUGAAAAGCUCGUGAUAGAGGAAGCCAAGGCUUACGGAGCUCUAUCCUCACCUCGACCAGAAAUUCGCGGAAGUGUCUUUCGCGUGCAUGUAGCAGGCCUUCGUGCAGAGGUGUGGAUGGAGCUUAUACUAUGGUCGUGCCUGUACGGAGGUUGGACUCGUGAAGGCGCCUUGAUCCUCAGGUCGCUGCUCGCAGAUCGACCCAAGUCCUGGACCCUGCUGUCCUGGACAGACUACCAGAAAUCUCUCCCUGAGAACUAUUCUACAGAGCCACGAGACUGGAGGUCAUGGGAAUUCCUCUUCAAAACAAGAUCGAAGACAUCGAUGGAUGAUGUCCAGUCGCCGAAGCCUUCUGUAGUUCGCACGAUCAGCAGCGAAGUAGUCAAUGCUUAUGUGGACGCACUGUCUUGCGAUGUCAACAUUGGCGUAGGAACUCGAGGGACUGACAUCGAAGUGGUGAUGGAUUGCAUGCAUACCAUGAGACGCUCCUUGGCGGAACAAAAGCAAAGUCUUAGCUUUGGCACGUGGGGCGGGAUCAGCUUACGACUUCUCGACACCCGCAGUGCUGCACCAGAGACAGACAGUAAUCUUGCUCAAAGACUGGUUGCUCUGACUUCUGGUUUUGGAAGUGACCUUGACACGAGCAACAAUCAAGACCUGCCAGCGUAUGUCAAAGAUGGCACCACAGCCAUGCAAGGGAUCUUACAUCGCGCCCUUUACGGUCAAGUUUCUUCUGGAUCCUUCGAAGGUAGCCUAGAAGUGUUCAAUCGGAUUCAGUACCGUGCAGAUCAGGAUAAAUUCAGGGCUGUCGGGUCAUUCUUCGGCAGGCUGAACCAGCGAGGAAACGUAAAGAAGGCGGCGAACUCGGUCUUUCGCGCUGUGAGUUCCCUAGGCAUGUUCACAAGCAACCUUCCCACUAUUGAAUAUCCCGGGUUCCACGCUCAGAUUCCGCUCACGACGUUGGCGCUUUUGCUGGACCAGGUCACCGAAGCGAGAGCUUUCGAUUUCGGCCGCUGGCUGAUUUACAGCAGAGACGUAGAUGGACCGGUCAUACCCAAAACCUCCUACGACGACCCAAACUUGCAGCCAGCUCUGAUCCGGUUCGCUGCUGCCAGUAAUGACAAAGCCCUCUUGUCCCUUUUUAAGGACAGCCGCCUUUCCCGAGCAUCGCUGGAGUCGGUUCUGAUCAGUCAGAUUCAGGCACUCCGGUGGGACGCUGCGCAGGAAGCAUUAGACUACCUCUCCAGCAUACCAGGCCCAGGCCUUGGUAGUCAGCCUUUGGCUGUUGCAAUACGGACUAUGCUUGGACAGAUCACCGACCUCAAAGGCGAACAGAGCGAUACAUCCGCAAACCUGUCCCGAGCGCAAUCAUUUGUCAGGACUAUCGCCAAACGCCAACGCAAACUUCGAACACAGGCCAGUGUGUCAUUGCUGGCUGUGCUAGCAGCGAUCAACAAGCGCUGGUUCGAUUUUGCGUUCCCUCUGUGCCCAAAGAAAUCCAAUCACCCGCUUCAACUCGAUACCAGCAAAUUCAAUAUGUUACUCGAGGGCGUAGUUGCCGCACAUGGCAGCGUUGGUGGUCGUCGUUUGCUCGGGAUAUUCUGGCCGCACUCCGCACGACGCACACAUGAUGCUGCUUUCAACAUGGUUCGUAGUAGCGCAAUGCGCAAAAGGAUGCCACGCAUGCGAGCCAGAGCUCUCAAUAGCUUGAAGCGGCAGAGGAUUGUGAUCUCUUCGCCGAGGUCAGGUGACAGGAGCAGACUGGUUCUUUACGGGGCGAUAUUCCCCGAUGUCAACACGAUCCUUAUAAUCCUUCGCAAAGCGCUUGAAGAAGUCAAGGCAUCGCCACAUCCUUCGAGCUCGGACGACCAGGAACUUGUCGCACCAUCCCUUACCGAGAAAGAUACUGGUGAGGAACUAGAUCUCUCGCCACGUGGUAUUGUUGCUUGGGCGGUCCGAAGACUUGCCGAACUCCCCUAUGUACAGCGUAAUAUUGUGAAGCAGCUGGAUGUAUUCCUGAAGGAACAGGGCAUGAACGAGCUCCGCAAGGACCUUCCCGCGAUUUACGAAGAUGUAGAGGCGGAGCUUCUGGACAACUUUGCCGAUGACGAGGUGCAUGCAAGUCCGCAACAAGCAGAACGGCAAGCAGGCCAUGAUGACAACACAUUGCGCGAUGCACAUUGAGAGAUGCUCUGUGGCUUUGACUUUGAUGAUGAAGGUUCUUGGCUGCGAUCUAGCACGCGAGAACGAAAGCAAUUUCGCGCAGCUCCUCAAAUCCCGCCGCGCUGGUUGUGCCAUUUUGAUCGAUAUGCUGUAGGCCUGACCGGCGAAGCAUUCGCACGACCAAACAUCAUGAGCACGAAAAUCGGAAAAAUUCAACGCAGAUAACGUUGACCGCGGCAGGUGACCUGGAAAUGGGUGGUUGUACAGGAAAGUAGAGUGCUGCCGCCCUGAAAUGGGCUAUCAUACUUGCGUUGUGGAACGAGAUUGCUGUUGCACGACUGCGCAUUGCUGUUCGCAACCAGGGGAGUUGGUGUGAGCCACCUCAAAAGUAUUCGUGUCUCCGCUACAAAGGUGGCGUUCGAAACAGUAGACGAAACAGCGCCAGUGGAAAUAGAGGGAGUGAACAUGGAAUCACAAGAAAUGGAAUGGCAGGAAGAGAAAGGAAUCAAAGCGAGCUAAACGAGCAAAGCUGCAGAACUUCACACAUUUCCGCUUCUACAGAAAUAUAAAUUUGUAAUAAACAUUUCUGUAUAUCUGUGUACCAC